AUGACUAGGAAUCUGGUUUACCAUCUAAUCGUCUGCCCGUGGUUCUCUCUUCUCCCCCUUUUCCUUUUCCAACCCCCAUUUGAGUCCCUUGGUCGUCCAUACCUGCUUCCCCACUUCCUCUCCCCCUUCCUUCCCCCUUCCCUCCUAUCUCUCACUCCAUUGCAAACUCUCACCUUCACUCCCCUUUCCUCUUCUCUGAUGUUCCCCCUUUCCCGUCUUCCGCCGCCCUCCGCGUCCCCCGCUCGUUCCCCCCCCCCUCCGCUCCUUCCGCCUCCUCUGCCCCUCUCCACGUGCUCCCGCUCCCUUCCUCCCUCGUCCGCGUGCAGCGACAUCGCCCCUGCUAGCGCGCGCUUCGCGUCGCAGCUCGCAGUGCGCAAUCGCAUGAAGUCAGUGCGCAGCAUUCAGAAGAUCACCAAGGCAAUGAAGAUGGUGGCGGCGUCUAAGCUGAGGGGCGUGCAGGGCAAGACGGAGCAGAGCCGCGGCAUGUGGCAGCCCUUUACCGCCCUCCUUGGCGAUAACCCCACCCUGGUCGCCCCCCGCACACUGGUGAUCACUGUGUCAACGGACAGGGGUCUGUGUGGCGGCAUCAACUCUACGGUCGUGAAGCACAGCCGUGCUGUCUCUGCCAUCUCUGCUCCCUCAGCGGAGGAGAGCAAGUCAGUGUUUGUGAUUCUGGGCGAGAAGGCGAAGCUGCAGCUGCAGCGGGACUCGAACAACACAAUUGUGAUGACUGUUGCCGACACGCAGAAGCAGGGCAUCAACUUCACUCAGACGUCCAUGAUAGUGGAUGAGAUUCUCAAGAACGUGGAGUUUGACACGGCGCGCAUCAUCUACAACCGCUUCAACUCUGUUGUGGCUUUCGUGCCAACUGUCUCCACCGUGCUCUCGCCCGAGACUCUCCUCAAGGAGGCAGCGGAGGGUGGCAGCGCGAGCCAGCUGGCAGAGUAUGAGAUCGAGGGCGAGGAGGGGCAGGAAGAGCUCUUCCAGAACCUCUCCGAGUUCCAGCUGGCAUCGACGCUCUACAACGCGCAGCUGGAGAACGCGUGCAGUGAGCAGGGCGCGCGCAUGUCAGCAAUGGACAACUCCUCCCGCAACGCCUCCGACAUGCUUGGCCGUCUCACUCUCUCCUACAAUAGGUCUCGCCAGGCCACCAUCACCACGGAGCUUAUCGAGAUUAUUUCUGGUGCUGCGGCUCUGGAGGGCUAG